CUAUUCAGAGCCAAGAACUGUAACUAGAAUUGUCUCGAGAAAGUGCUUGGGAAUAGAUGGCCUUCUUGAAUUUGAUCUGAGGUGGAGUAAUAGUACAGGAACUAACUCAAGUUCCUUCUUCGUUCGUGGCAAGCUCCGUUUAGUGUAUUACGGUACUCCUUGGGCUCAGAUUGAACUGUACCCACCGAUUGACAAUGUAUAUCAACUUCGCAUAUAUCCAACUAUGUGGACCGGAAAUGAACCUUGUUUACAGCUGAAGGUGUUUGCAUGUCCCACCGAUGACGAGUGCACACAUAGACUUGGAAUGGAAAUCUUUGAUAUACCUAAUCAGAACAUACAAUGUAGAAAAUGUGUCGAAGAUUCUCUGUCAAUGGCUCGUCUCAAUGCAUUCGGUGAAAAUCUGGAAAUUGGUGUCCUCUUUCCACCAAACUUAGGAGGUACUUCUGUUGAUUCCUGGCUACAAGUUCGUUUUCCACAUCGAGUACUUCUAUCAGGGAUAAUACUUCAAUCAGGAUCACCAGGAUAUCCCUUUGAUAAAGACUUUGACCCAGACAAAUAUACAUAUAACAUGACUAUGUCAUAUCAACCAAUCACAGCCGCUAAUGACACAUAUUUCGUGGUAGCAGAGUUCCUGGACUUUUAUAACAGACCAUUUGCUCAAAAUACUAUCACAUUCGGAGGGGAAUACUUGACAACCGCAGUUCGACUGAAACCAGUAAUGGAUACUUAUCGAAGGACAGCACGCUUCGCUGUGGAGUUUAUCGGAUGUCCUACUGACGCAAGAUGCAGAAACAAAGACUCUUACUUCGAUGGAGCAUGUUAUAAUUUUGUGUAUUCGCAUGGAAGAUAUAACAGAGAAUUGUGCAGCUAUGCAAGUCCAGAUCAUGGUAGCCAUCUUGCCUACAUAAAAUCACCUACUAAACAAAGGUUUGUGCAAGAACUAGCAGCUAGUUCUAUUCCACUCAAUGCACUGGUCCGGAUGGGAUUGGAAUUCAUCAACUCUGCAAUCCGAUGGCUUGAUGGAAAUGAGAUCACCUUCGAAGAAUUUUCUGAAGUUAUGUCAGCGGAAGAUAACUUAACGGCACUAUGUGGUUUUAUGGAGCCGAUCAACUGUUACCAAUGGCGAAUGUUGAACUGUUCAUUACAUCAACCUCAUUAUCAUAUCUGUGAAGCAGAUUUUAAUGAAUGCUUGGAUCUGAGUAGCAAUGAUUGCUCCAACAUUUGUGUCAACAUGGAGUCUGAUUUCUAUUGCAAAUGUCCACAUGGUCUGAGAAUGAUUGCAAAUUCACAAUGCGAGGAUGUUUGUGAAGUAAUAGGCUCCACGUUACAUGACGAUGGUCCACCUUCAACGUGUAUCUUCAUAGGGCAUGCAACCUGGGAGGUAGCAUACAGAGAAUGUAUACGAGGACACCUCGGUAGAUUCGCUACACAAGAGGAGCUUUUUACAUACUCAUACUUGCUGGACAGUGAAUCAUGGUGGACAAUUGAUCUGAAUACCAAACAAAAGUGCAGAUCAUUUAAUGUAUUAUCACGUGAAAUAGCUGAUGAGGAUUGUAAAAAUGCCGAAUUGGAUUUCUUAUGCCUAACGGAAUACCAGUAUAUCCAGAUUGAAGAUGCAGACUUCACUUCAUUAAAUACUAACUUCACUGCAUCGCUCGGAUACCUAGGCUUCACUGCUCACUCAAAUAAUUAUGACCAAACAUUUUAUGUCCAAGUUGAUGACUCAUUGAGCUUAAGAUUGACGUUCUUGUUCGUGUCUCUUCGAGAGAAUCAGGAUGGUAAUGGUGAUUGCUUAGACUAUGUCUCGGUAGAAGAUCUUGUAGUAAUAAAUACGGAACGUCGUAAGAUUUGUGGAAGCUAUAAGGAUAUUACCUUCUUCAUGAACCAUCAUAUUAGGAUGAAGUUCUUUGCUCAGUCAAUAUUCUCUCUGAUACAGUUCUCGAUGACAUAUGAAGCUAUAGAUUGUGAAGCGAGUCAAAUCACCUGUGAGAGUGGAUGUGGAACAACUGAUUUGAUUUUCGACGGGACUUAUCUCCAGACUGACCCGUUUCCAUCAUCAUUCAUACCAUUCAGUUCUUGUGAAGCCAAUGUUACCGUACCAGAUCCAUCCUUCAUUCUUAUAACUAUCGACACAUAUGGGUUUCGCGAAGGUUCUGAUGGGUUAUGCCAGGAUAGAGUCAUAUUGACUUCACCGGAGAUUACUCUUACUUUCUCGUGUGAUGAUUCCCAAGUUCCUGGUCUCAUCAUUACAAAUUCAUCUACAAUGACCGUUGCCAUAGAAACGGGAAGAGAAUCAUUGUCAACUGGACUUCAGGCACGUAUAAAUUCCUCAGAUAUUGCAGGUUGCGCAGUUGGGACGGAUCUUGAAAACCAGGAUCACCUAUGUACCUUCUCUCCCGGCAUUAUCGCCAGCAGGCUCUUCCCAGAAUACGUGGAAGGGGUAUCUUCUGAGUUGUGGUUUCUUCAAGCUCCUUCAAAUGCAUUCAUUGAAAUUGUCUUCGAUGUCCUGAGUCUCUCUGACGGAGAGGAUUGUAGCUUCUCUCGCAUCGAGGUCAUUGACCACACGGGUUUGCCUCAUAAGACGAUUGCGUCGUUCUGCAGCGGUGACGACGGAGUGCAUGAUGGCAUGGAAGUGGCAGUUGAUGUUGAUACAGUGGUGAUUGAGUUGAUGGUGAACUUUCACUAUGACAACGCGAGGUUUCUUGCUCAUUAUCGCUUCGUGAAUAUAGAAGAAGAUGAAGAAAACUGGGAAUCUCCUGAUACUGCUACAGAGGAUACCAGAUGUCCAGAGGGCUGGGUACUGUACAGCGGACACUGCUACCAUUUUACUCAGGUUAAUGGAACAUGGACAGAUGCGGAAGAAUAUUGCACUCACCAACCGAGUGAAUUGUCCGGCUCACACAUGGUUAGCAUCAUGGAUUCGAAAGAGGCCAAGUUCAUUCACGGGCAGCUGAUCUUAAGUUGGUCAGAUUUCGGACAAAGCAUAUACAUAGGUCUUGGUAAUCGUGAUUCUGCUAGUAUGUUUCGUUGGACCAAUGGUUCCCCCAUGACUUACACUGACUGGUUUAUACCCAGAAGUUAUGAAGAAGACAGGGAGCGAAAACAGCCUGAUGGAGGUUCAAUAGAGAAGUGUACCAUUAUAAUUCUAAGUAGAGUUCGAUUCAGUGGACUUUGGCGUGAUGUUCCCUGUGCGUUAGAGAGUGCUAAUGCUGUCAUAUGUAAGAUGGAAGCGACCACUGCAUUAACAAACAGAAAACGUCGUGAUACAUCUGAACACUUGAUAUUAAGUGCUCCUGUAAUUAAACCUAAUUGUUCUUACAAUACCUUUGAAUGUGGAUCUGGUGAAUGUGUUCAACAAGUCUUCCAGAAUGAUGGUGAAGUACAUUGUCAUGAUAGAUCGGAUGAAGAUUCAAAUGUUGACCAUACUGAUAAGAGGUGUGAGGAAGACCAGUUCAAAUGCCUGAUCGGUGGACAGUGUAUUUCGAUAUCAUUUGUUUGUGAUCACAUCAGUGACUGCACCGAUGGCUCCGAUGAAUUUGCUUGUAUUUUUCCUAGCGAAUGCAGUGAUGACGAGUUCUUUUGUAGUGAUGUUGAAAUAUGUAUUGAUGCAAGUAAAAGAUGCAACCUGGUAAUAGACUGUCCUACUGAACAAGGAGGAGAUGAAUUUAAUUGUCAAGAUGAAUACUAUGAAAGUGGAAACGUACAGUGUUACAGUGGAACAUGGCUUCCUUCUAAUGCUAAAUGCGAUGGACUUGUGGAUUGCAUAGGAAAUGAGUUCGAAGAUGAAGAAGAAUGUGGUUACCUUCCCUGUAUCGAUGCAGCAGAAUUCCAGUGUUUGAGUGAAGUGUGUAUUGAUAUAUCACUCAAAUGUAUAUAUGAGUUAGAUGAGCUUGGAUAUGUGAAAGGAUGCCGGGAUGUAUCACAUCUUCGACGAAGUGUGUGUGCGGAAUUUGAUUGCCCGGCAUAUCACUAUAAGUGUCCAUCAUCGUACUGCAUUCCUCUGAGAUAUAGAUGUGAUUCUAUCAAUCAUUGUCCUUAUGGGGAAGAUGAAGACGGAUGUACAAACUCGAACGUUGAAUACCUUAAUCCAUGUCCAACUCGCUCUUACAAGUGCCAUAAUGAAAAUAAAUGUAUCUCGCCAUAUGAGGUGUGUGAUGGUAUUAAACAAUGUUCUCGUGGAGAUGAUGAACUAUUCUGUGACGUUGUAUGUCCCAGUGAGUGCACUUGUACUGGUCUUACAAUACGAUGCAACUUUGUACUUACUGAUGGACCUGUCUCAUUCCCUCAUGAUACCAGAAAAAUUGUCAUCGGUCUCAAUUAUGACGUCCAGUUGAAACUAGAGAAGAAGACUAAUUCUAGUGUAUCAUCUCGAACUAGCAACCAAACUGGUGACAAUCAUGGUAAAACUGUAUCUUUCUGGCCUUCAGACUAUAUGAGCUUGGUAGAAUUAGAUAUAUCUGGCAUCCAUUUGAAGGAGAUACCAGAAACAGCUUUUCUGGGAACGAGAAAUUUACGAUAUCUCAACAUUUCUGGCAACACAGACUUGGCUGUUAGUGCAGCCGUACUAUAUAAUCUUACACGAUUACAUGUGCUAGAUAUUUUUGGAAUCAACAUCAAAUCAAGUGAUCCUGCCGUCUCAGAAGCAUUCAAGGCUCUUGUAAAUCUACAAAGAUUGAGAACGGAUGAGUUUGGGUUUUGUUGCCUGGCUCCUGCUACACUAUGUGAAGGAUAUACCAAUCAAUUUUCAUCAUGUGAUGAUCUUCUUAAAGAUGUAUCUCUACGUGCUUUCAUGUGGAUCCUUGGUCUCAGUGCUCUCCUUGGUAACGCCAUGGCUUUAGCUGCACGCUUUGCAAGAAGAAAACAAGCUGGUCAAAAUCAAAUCCAGGUGCUGUUUAUAACACAUCUUGCCCUGUCCGACCUACUGAUGGGUCUUUAUAUGAUCGUGAUAGCUGGCGCUGAUUCACAUUACCGAGGUAACUACGCGCUUCAUGCAGAAAUAUGGACAAGUAGCUUCACGUGUAAAAUGGCGGGAUUUCUAUCUGUUCUAUCGAGUGAGGUAUCGGUACUUCUUGUCAUGCUCAUCAGUAUCGAUCGUUUUCUCUCUGUCGUGUUCCCGCUAAAAAACGAACUUCAUCUCACCCUACGAUCGGCUUACAUCAUGGUCAUCGCCUCCUGGACCUUCUCCCUGCUUCUUAGUUUAAUUCCAGCUCUCCCUGUAGAAUAUUUUGGAGAAUUCUAUGGCAAGUCGAGCGUUUGCCUGGCCCUUCCUCUAACCAGCGAUCGUCUGCCCGGAUGGGAAUACUCCAUUGUGGUCUUCAUCUGUACUAAUUUCAUCUGUUUCAUUCUGACAUUCCUCUGUUACUUCGUCAUCUAUAUCAGUGUAAGGAAAUCACACAUGAGGAUCAAAAGUUUAGGGGCUGCAAGCAACUCUAUGAUGAAAGAACAGAUCCAGAUGACAACAAAGAUGGCGCUAGUUGUUGGAACUGAUUUCGUGUGUUGGAUGCCUAUUAUCAUUAUGGGUAUUCUUGCUACUUCAAAUCUGGUUGAGAUUCCAGCUGAUAUAUAUGCUUGGACCGCUGUCUUUAUUCUUCCUCUCAACUCCGCACUCAACCCUUAUCUAUACACACUCUCAACUGUCCUCCAAAGGCGUCGCAAGGCCAGAGAAAAUACUGAUUCAAUGAGUCUUACACAGACCACGAAGUAUAGUGUUGAGCAGACUCAAAGAGAGGAACGUCUAAUGGAAUACUGCAUCAUAUCACAUACUUCUCUCAAGCAACAUAGACGAAUGGAACCAAUAACUGAUUUCUUCACGAGGCGGGGAGGUUCUUUAGAUGAUAGAGAAGAACGAUUGGUAGUUCUAGACCUCCGUCGGGCUCUCUGUCAUCUCAGAACUUUGGGUGCUGAUGAGAAAGAAUUAAUCCCUGCUAAUGUUGCAGUUGAAAGGGACCACAGUGGCAAUCUAACUCGAGCUUUCUUUGUGAUGACGAACCCUCUGGAUAUUAGCAGAUUCAUUGGACCUAGUAGUUCCAAUGAAAUACAAACCAAACUAAGCGCUUUAUUUGACCAGAUCCAGGAUCCACUGAUGACUCCUGUUAAGCAGUUCAUCAACACAACUACCGAAUCGUUUGAUUAUGACAAAUUGGAUGAAGCCUAACAGCAACAACAUGAAAAAUGGCAUCAUAAAUAGUUUGAUUUAAAAAAAAACGUGAACACGUUGGUACCAAUAAUGCACGAAGAUAAACAUGAUAAAAGAGCAAUGUAGAUGAAAUUACCCUCGAUCCUCGAACUUUUAUUUUAUAGUCGGGCGCAGGUAGACCACUCGGCCUCGAUUACUCGCCAGUAAGAUGCGAAAGUAUCAGUAUUUCAAGUGUAGACAAACUGACAAAGCAAGUUUCGGCCAUUCCACAAAGCUUUCCCAUAAAAUUCAUUUUUAAAGGGCUUCAAUAUGAAGUGGUGAAUAAGAUUCCCUAUGACAGUUUUGAUCUGUUGUUUUGACAUGUUAUGAUGUGCUUGCUGAUAAGUGAAAUGUUAAUGUAUGUAUGUAUAUUUUAGUUUUAAUGGUUGCAGUGAAAAUUGGUUCAGGAUCACAUUUGGAUGAUCAUUUUCUAGUCGUUAUAGAUUGAGGAGUAAUUUUUCUAACAACUUAAAGGACAAGUCCACCCCAACAAAAAGUUGAUUUGAAUAAAAAGAGAAAAAUCCAACAAGUAUAACACUGAAAAUUUCAUCAAAAUCGGAUGUAAAAUAAGAAAGGUAUGACAUUUUAAAGUUUGGCCUAAUUUCACAAAACGGUUCUAUGCACAUCCUGGCUGGUAUGCAAAUGAGGAGACUAUGACGUCAUCCACUCACUGUUUCUAUUGUAUUUUAUUAUAUGAAAUAUUCUAAUUUUCUCCUCAUUGUCAAGUAAAAAAACGAUUAAUUCCUCCCUAAACAUGUGGAAUUGGCAUUGUUUGAUACUAUAUUGUUCAGUCAAGUUGGUCAAAUCUAUAAACAAAUGAAAUAUUGUAUAAUUCAAACAAUAAAAAACAAAAGAAAAUGAGUGAUGGACAUCAUCGACUGACUCACCUAGUUGUGCAUAUCACUGUUUUGUGAAAAAUAAGCGAAACUUUAAAAUGUCAAUACUUUCUUAUUUUACAUCCGAUUGUGAUGAAAUUUUCAGAGCUAUGCUAGUCUCAUUUUUCUCUAUUUAUUCAAUUCAGCAUUUUCCUGGGUCGGACUUGACCUUUAAGUAACAACAACAGGGAUCCGUUGCAUAGCGUAAUCACAGAAACUUCGCGACAUUGAAGCAACUCUUAUGGGAUCCUUGAUUUUGAUUGGCUAUUGCGUUGUUUCCAUGGUAGACACCAUUGGAUAGUAAAAUUAUCAUAAUAGUAACUAUCAUGCAACGGGCCCCUGAGUAGAGAGAUGUAGGUUUAUGCUUCAGUUACACCGUCAAAAAACUGAUGCUGUUGACUGUUCUAUAGCUAAUCGUAUAAAUUAAUUAUAAUAUAUUUGUUACGGAACAUCUUUUCAGAUCGUAAAUUAUUUAUACAGGGUGGAUGAUUCGAUAAUGACUAAUAUUGUAAGUUCUAAAGAGCGCAAUGAACUGAAAAUAUGUGUACUAACUACGUAAAUUUUCUGAUGAUGAUGAUGGUGAUGAUGAUGAUGAUGAUGUUGGUGAUGAUGAUGAUGAAUUGAUGGUUUUAAAUGAUAAUUGAUCAAGAUUUCGAUUGAUUUUAAGAUUAAUGAUUAACAAAAUGAUAACGAUGUGAACUACGAAUAUAAAGAUGAUAUCAAAGGCAGCUAAUAUAUAUAUGAUUAUAAAGUAAGAUAGUACUAAUGCUUUCAAGUCGCCUUGAAAAUUGUAUUCAAAUAAUUUUCCUUACAAAUCCACAUGAAUCUGAAAUGAAUGUAUAAUUAUUAUAUUUGUGAAAUAUGAAUAAACUUUCUAAGUUGAAGGAAUGUUACGAAGCUAUAUAUUAUUCAUAUCAUGUAUAUAGGACUGUUUAUUCUGUUUCAUAUCUGUAUUCUUUAUUUGUAAUGUCAUCGUCAAUCAUAAUCAAUACUAUUGAAUGAAUGUAAGUGUAACAAAUAUUAGGAAAUAAAGUUUUAGUUAGUUAGUAAAAUUAUCGUUUAUUUUCACCAUCAUGUUCUCGAUCUUCAUAAUAUGGGCUUGGAGAACAUCUCAACUAAAUUAUUUUUAGUUAAAUUAGAUCGGCAGUUAUUUCAAGCAGUUUUUGAUAGAGAUUAUAAAACCCCCAAAAAAAGAUUAUAAAACAAAGUUAUAUUGUUUCAUGUAACAAAGAGCUAUUAAUACUACUAACACUACUACUACUACUACUACUACUACUACUUCUACUAAUACUAAUACUACUACUGCUGCUGCUGAUACUUGUACUAAUACUGCUGCUCCUACUACUACUACUACUACUACUACUACUACUACUACUACUACUACUACUACUACUUCUACUACUACUGUUGCUGCUCCUACUGCUGCUGCUGUUACCACUACAACAAUUACUUGGCUUUUUACUAUUACUCCUACCAGGGAAUGACAGGAAGGAAAAAAACCUAAAGGUGGCGUAAUACUUUGUUUUCUCUCUCUCUCUCUCUCAUUUGAAUUACAGGGGUAAUAUAGAAUUGCACAAUCCACGUCUCUCUUUUUUACUAACGGACACUCGCCCCACUCUCUCCAAGCUCUCGCUAUCCAACAACAUAUUCUAAAUUUAUAUCAUACACAUAUAACCAACCCACACCUCACAUUUCGAAAUAUUCUCACAGUCAUAUACAUGUAUAUACUAGAAAAGCACACACCACCGGGGUUUUUCCCCUCUCACACCACACACGCACACUGACACCCCACACAAAAAACACACUCGACAAAAUGACAAUGAACUACAUGCACAGUAUAACGACCGUCAUGUGUUUUUUUUUCACAAAAGUGAAUAUGUAACAUUGAAAAUGAGAGUUACUGGAAGUAUUCACUGAUCGGUAUGACGGUAUCUUCAUUUUAGACAUAAUUUCCAAAAUACUUGAAUCACUUACGGAAUACCACAUUCACAUAAUAUUAUUCUCGCGACAACAUGAAGUUUUUCUAUGAAGAAAAUAAUGGGAUAGAAAAUACAAAAAGUGGAAUGAAGUGAAUGUAUAGAUGCGGAAGAGAAUACAACAAUAAUGCAAUAUAUUAUAAGCUAUAAAUCAUAUGUAACAGGUAAUAUAAAGUUUGGUAUAAAAUUAGUUAAAAGAUAAUUUCAUUGCUUGUACAAUUCAGUAUGAACCCAUCUGUAGAAUGAAUACCCGGCGGGUAUAAAAGGGUUAUUAAAUUAUUUGAACAGAUAAAGAAAACUCGGACAAACAAAAUAAUGAAAUCCUCAUCAAAAUCGGAGGAGUAAGAAAGAUAUGCCAAUUUUUUAAAAAAUUUUAUUAUUUUUGUGAAACAGUUUUAUGCAUGUCUUCAUGAAUACGCAAUGAGCUAGCUGAAGAUUUCAUAUCCCUACUUAUUAUAUCAUAUCAUAUUUAUAAAAAUGUUGUCCUUAAAGAAAUCUAAAAAUGGAACGAAUUUAAUGUGUAAAUAAACAUUGCUACAACUUAUUUUGUAACAAGGAGACAUAUUAUACCCUUAAAUAUAAAAUAAUCAUGAAACAUAAAGAAAAUUCUAAGUGGGUAUAUGACUUCAUCGACCCAUCUAUUACAUAACCAUGACAGCGUUCAUAAAACUGUUUCCACAAAAUAUUGCCAAAUUUUAAAAUUCAAUAAUCUUAUUUGAUAUCAUAAUACGUUUAGUUAUUUGCUAUGUUUCUUUUUUUCUACUGUAACAAUGAUUUAUGGUUAAUUGAUUUUUUUCAUUUGUAGAAUGUGAAAUCAUACUUGUAAGAUAAAAUGUAUGUGCAGAAAGAAAGACGAAUAAAUAUCUUAUCUUAUCUUAUAUUUUAGGCGUUUCCUCAAUGAGCUUUACCCUAUUUAUUUUUGAUACAAUCCUUUUCAACCCGGAGUACCCCCUUUGAUUCUUUUAAUGAACAGCGCUAGAACAGAAGCUUGAGCUAAUGCCGGUGUAAUAACUAAAGUGCGUAUUGUAGUAUAUUUCUAGAUAGAUUGUGCUAUAUAAAAACAUAUAUCAUAUAAGGACUGGAAUAACCUACCUUCCUAUGAAAUUUUGUGUUACAUGUAAAAAAAAAAUUGGAGUAGAUGAUUUACCAAAUAAUAUAAAAACAGGUAAUAUAUAUUUUUUGUUUCUAAAUAUGAUAGUUCAUUCAUUUAUAAUUACCAUGUUGUGCUACAGUUACACCUUUACUUACUUGUAUUUUCCUUUGUUUGCAUGUGUAUAUACGAGAAGACAUGCGCAGUCAUAUCCCAAAAAGUAAAAAUAAAUAAAUAAACGAGCUCAAA